GGUGGAGGGGGGCGGGGAGAGCUGCCGGCCGCCCCGCUCCGCCGAGCCCAGCAGGAAGGAGGGCGCGAGCGGCCGAGCGCGGGUGGCGCGAGCGGAAAAAGCGCCCGCGCGGGGAAGCGAAAAGAAGGAAAGAAAGAAAGAAGACGAGCGCGACAAGGGGAAAAGCCAGCGAUCGAGCGAGGGCGCGCGCGAAAACUCCCGGCAGGUGUGCUAAUGGUGUUGUGAUUAUAUAGGAGAAUGCCCGUAUUCCUGGGGGACAGCAGCUGAAGAGUUUAGAGAGAGAGAGACAGCGAGAGAGGGAACACAAGCAGGGGGAGUGGGAGAGGGAGCGGCAGGCUUCCCGCCGAGCAGGGAGCCCGAUGCGGGGCUCGAUCCCAGGACCCUGGAAUCAUGACCCGAGCCGAAGGCAGACGCUUAACGACUGAGCCACCCAGGCGCCCUUAAGUGAUUUUUAUUGAGCACUUUCAUUUGGACCCUUGGAUGCCCAUUGAGCAAAUGCUUGAGACCUGCAAGUAAUCUUCAGAUCAUAGCAGAACUGUAAGGCCUGCCCUUUGCGUGGGGAGGAGACAGCUCAUGUUCUGUGGAAAUGAACGGGGAGCAGCAGCUUGAUGCAGAUGCUGGAUCUGGUGUGGAAGAAGUGGAAUUAAGCUGGGAAGAUUAUCUAGAAGAGACAGGGUCCACUGCAGUUCCCUAUGGAUCUUUUAAACAUGUGGAUACACGUUUGCAAAAUGGAUUUGCUCCUGGGAUGAAGCUGGAGGUGGCUGUGAAAACAGACCCUGAAUCCUACUGGGUUGCCACCAUCAUCACCACAUGUGAGCAGUUGCUGCUGCUUCGCUACGAAGGGUACGGCCAGGACCGGAGGGCCGACUUCUGGUGUGACAUCAGGAAGGCCGGCCUCUACCCGAUCGGGUGGUGUGAGCAGAAUAAGAAGACCCUUGAAGCCCCGGAAGGCAUCAGAGAUAAAGUGUCUGAUUGGGAUGAGUUUCUGCGGCAGACCCUGAUGGGAGCAUGUAGCCCUCCUGUUCCGCUGCUAGAAGGCCUCCGCAACGGGAGGAAUCCUUUAGAUCUCAUUGCUCCAGGCUCCAGGCUAGAAUGUCAAGCUUUCCGGGACUCAUUAAGCACUUGGAUUGUUACUGUAGUAGAAAACAUUGGGGGAAGGCUGAAGCUGCGUUAUGAAGGACUUGAAAGUUCUGACAAUUUUGAGCAUUGGUUGUAUUACUUGGAUCCGUUUCUUCAUCACGUUGGUUGGGCUGCUCAACAAGGAUAUGAGCUUCAGCCCCCAUUAGCCAUCCGGCAUCUGAAAAGUGAAGCUGAGUGGCAAGAGAUCCUGGCCAAAGUGAAAGAGGAGGAGGAAGAGCCAUUGCCGUCAUACUUAUUUAAGGACAAACAAGUGAUUAGCACUCACUCAUUCUCUGUAAAUAUGAAGUUGGAAGCUGUGGACCCCUGGUCUCCUUUUGGGAUCUCUCCUGCUACAGUUGUUAAGGUUUUUGAUGAGAAGUACUUCCUGGUGGAAAUGGAUGAUUUGCGACCAGAGAAUCAUGCACGGCGAUCUUUUGUGUGCCAUGCUGACAGUCCUGGUAUUUUCCCCGUGCAGUGGAGUCUGAAGAAUGGUUUACACAUCAGCCCCCCUCCUGGCUACCCGGGCCAGGACUUUGAUUGGGCCGACUACCUCAAACAGUGUGGUGCUGAAGCUGCUCCCCAGAGGUGCUUUCCUCCGUCCAUUUCUGAGCAUGAAUUUAAGGAGAAUAUGAAGCUUGAGGCAGUGAACCCUCUUCUCCCCGAAGAAGUAUGCGUUGCCACCAUUACUGCACUGAGGGGCUCCUACCUGUGGCUCCAGCUGGAGGGUUCUAAGAAGCCCAUACCGGAAUGUAUUGUGAGUGUGGAAUCCAUGGAUAUAUUUCCUUUGGGCUGGUGUGAAACCAAUGGCCAUCCCCUCAGCACCCCUCGCCGAGCACGAGUACACAAACAGAGGAAAAUUGCAGUGGUUCAACCAGAAAAACAACCCAGAAUACCAUCCUCCAGGACUGUCCAUGAGGGCCUGAAGAAUCAGGAGCUGAACUCCACAGACUCAGUUAUGAUUAAUGGAAAAUAUUGCUGUCCAAAGAUAUAUUUCAACCACCGUUGCUUCUCAGGGCCAUAUCUUAACAAAGGAAGAAUUGCUGAGCUGCCUCAAUGUGUAGGACCUGGGAACUGUGUUCUGGUCCUUAGAGAGGUCCUCACUUUACUUAUCAAUGCAGCCUAUAAACCCAGUCGUGUCCUUCGGGAGCUGCAACUGGACAAAGACUCCGUGUGGCAUGGAUGUGGGGAGGUCCUGAAAGCCAAAUACAAAGGAAAGAGUUACCGGGCUACUGUUGAGGUAGUGAAGACAGCAGAUCGCGUCACUGAGUUCUGCCGGCAAACCUGCAUCAAACUGGAGUGCUGUCCUAAUCUCUUUGGCCCGAGGAUGGUUCUGGACAAGUGCUCGGAGAACUGCUCUGUGCUUACAAAGACCAAAUACACACACUAUUAUGGAAAGAAGAAAAAUAAAAGAAUUGGGAGGCCACCUGGUGGGCAUAGCAACUUAGCAUGUGCCCUGAAAAAAGCCAGUAAGAGGAGGAAGAGGCGGAAAAAUGUCUUUGUCCAUAAGAAGAAACGCUCCUCGGCAUCUGUUGAUAACACUCCAGCAGGCUCGCCCCAGGGAAGUGGGGGUGAAGAUGAGGAUGACCCAGAUGAAGGGGAUGACGAUUCCCUGAGUGAGGGCAGUACAUCUGAGCAACAGGACGAGCUACAGGAAGAGUCAGAAAUGUCAGAGAAAAAGUCGUGCUCUUCCUCUCCCACCCAAAGUGAGAUCUCUACAUCGCUGCCUCCAGACAGACAACGGAGAAAAAGAGAGCUUCGCACUUUUUCAUUUUCUGAUGAUGAGAAUAAACCUCCUUCACCAAAGGAAAUCAGGAUUGAAGUCGCUGAGAGGCUCCAUCUGGACAGUAACCCCCUCAAGUGGAGUGUGGCGGACGUUGUCCGGUUCAUCAGAUCCACCGACUGUGCUCCGUUAGCGAGGAUAUUUCUAGACCAGGAAAUUGACGGGCAGGCCCUGUUGCUCCUUACCCUUCCCACUGUUCAGGAGUGCAUGGACUUAAAAUUGGGCCCUGCCAUCAAACUCUGCCACCACAUAGAAAGGAUCAAGUUUGCUUUCUAUGAGCAGUUUGCCAACUGAGAAGGACAACCGAAGUGCGCUGUGUCUUCGAAGCACAAAUGCAGCAAAUCUUUCUCACUGCUCUACGCGCACGGAGCUGAGUCAGCCCUGGGGCUCCGGGCCCUGCCGGGGUCGGCUUGCUCUCUUUGCACUUUCAGGGAAGGAGGACCCACACUGAGGAAGCAAAAACUGCACAGAAGUGGCUCUCCUGCCAGUGGAAAUGUGGACAUCUCUUGGUCAGCAGAUUGCAGUUUUAAAAAAAAAGAAGAGUUGUGAAGAAAAGACUCACGUAAGAAGCAGCAGCAUUUCCAGUGGUGUGGCCUGAAAACGAAGAGUAAUGUAGGCUGCUGGAAAGCACCCUUAUGGUUGUUUUCUUUUUGUUCUGUUCUUCCCCACUGUAGAUUGAACUCUGUUCUCUGCUUUCUCUUUCUUGGAAAGAGAGGACAUAGCUUUAAGUCAGCACUGAUUUGGGACUGUGCCUAAGGCACAUCAGUGCUUCAUUGUCAUUGUGUUUUUAAGCUUUUUUAAAUUAAAACAGUUCAUUUCGGGGAUGAUGACGUGGCUCUAGGGUUUUGAAUGUACAGUCACACUUUGAUCCAUUUUAAAAUCUAUUCUUAGGAGUUCCUUUGUUUACUACCUCUGUUGAUGAUUGAGCUUACAGCCAUGUAUAAGGUUUUUUUGUAUGAUGCCGUUUUUAAGCUACAUGAACACUAAAACUAUGAUAGAAGCUGGAGAAAAAACAAAACAAAACACUGUUUGCUCUCUUAAAAAUACCAUGUGAGCACUUAUACCAGUUCCUGGCCUGAUCUGAGAACCCUGCUACAUGGUUUCCUGCCUGGACCCAGUGUGGGCUCCCUGUUAGGUGGUCUCUCAAAGAUUGUGGGUAUUUCUGUUGAGUUGAUCUCUCCCCAUCAGUCCUCAGAGGGACUUCAGUGGCUCUUAUUUUAUGUUUACUUUCCUCUAUAGCUGUCUGUUUCAUUUCGAGAGUCCUCACUUUGGGUGAAAAUCAGUAGGUAUUCCUUGGACCCACAGGAAAACCCAUUUCCCUUUCUUUCUCGGUGUCUCCAGGCAGAGAGUGUAGAAGCACAACAGAGAAAACAUUUGGGGGGGUGAUGCAGAGCAUGGAGUUUCUGUAACAGUGUGUCCUCAUGUCCUCAGUGGCCGCAUAAAGAUUGAGAGGUGGUUAAGGAUUCUGGAAACCUCUUUGCCUAGUCACAUUUACAUGUCCUCUUAGUGAAACCUUUAAAUUGAAUGUAAUCUACAGGCUGAGAAUUCCCACUCAACGGCUCAACAACUUGGUUUUCUUUUAGGUGUUUCUUUUGGCCCAGUUCAAGCUGACAUGAAACUACAGGGAAAUUUUCAUUUAGGAUUGCACUGCUAGCAACUAUAGAAUAAUAGCAUUUGCUGUGCUGUUCCAGCCGGGAGGAAUGAGGAAAGGAGCACACAUAGAUUGCUUCCUUUAAAUGGUUUGCAUUGCUGAGUGUUUUGGGGUUGUUUUUUUUUUUUUUAAUUAUCCUAGUCACCUCCAAAUUUAUAACUUAAUCACUCAUCUUCAGGAUUUUAAAAUGUUUUAAAACUACAAACUUGGUGAAUUCUAAACAUCUAUACAAAUAUAAUAUUACAAAUUUAAACUAUUGAUUUUUCCCUUUUCUUCAGAACCCUCUCCUGCUCCCAACAGUUUAUGGACCUUGGCAGACAUUCUGUAGUCUGCACCCUUUCUUCACUGGAUUAUUUAUGAACCACCUUAAUUCAAGCCCUCCAACCAAACCAUAUAUUAAAGCAUCAAUUCUUUGCUUAGGUAACCACCAGAUAGACCUGGAAAGAAGCUUCAUUUAAGUAAAAGUUAAUAUGUUUCAACUUACUCAGAGAUCCAGUUUUUAAAAAUGUCAUUCUAUGCCUAUGGAAGAGAAGCAUAUAUAAGAUGCUUGGGAACAAUUAGUGUUAAGUACAUGGUCUUGGGGCAGGGGGUGCGUAACUUACACAAUUAAAGUUCCUGAGACCUCAGCAGUUAAGGCACUGAGGCAAAGGGAGUUCCUUGAAGAAGAUCAAUGUUUCUUUUAUUUAGGGAAAUGAGAUUUACUUCCUAUGAAAGAGAAUUGACCAAGUGCAACAGUGAAUACGUUAAGUUGUCUCUCUUUCGCCUUCUCCAAAACCAUACAUAGGUAAAGGGGGCAGAGCCCCUGGAAAGGUGAAACUCACGGCCCUGAGUAGUCUUGGAUCUGGAUAUAGUCAGGGCUCGGCUGGCUCCUCUGUGUACCGUGAUUAUUCAAGCUCAGCUUUCUCUUAGAGAGAAGCCAACUCUAAGUUGGGUUUCCCUUAAUAGUUCUUGCAUUCUCAUGGUGAGAUACAGUUUCUCAGGCAACUGCAUUAAAUAAUUAUAUACCCCCACCCCCCACUCCCAGGUAUUAGAUAAGAGAAGGUAAUUGUUUGGGAAUUUGGCAUAGGGCUUUUUUUUUUUUUUAAGUAUACAAUUUAGGCUCUAUUUCCCUCAUAAAGCUGCUGGGGCUUGGCUGGACAACAGUGACAGUCUAAUUCCUCUGAUUCUGAAACAGAUUUUAAACCUGAUAAUAACUCACCAUGUUGGGGUAAAAUGUUUAUAUAUUACACAUGGAUACAUGAACUUUGUUUUUUAAAGGUUGAUACCCUCUUAAGAGAGAUACAUUGUGAGGGGCUGCAUUUGUCUGAAUUUCACCUUCAGCUGGCCCCACAGCCGCCUGAGGUCAGGAAGUUUUCCAUGAUCCAUUUUUUGAUCCUGAAUUGACAAACUUGGAAACAGGUGAAUGGACUAUAUAAGCCUCCUGGACCUUGAAGUUGACCGACCACUCUUAGCCUAUGUUAGUAUGUUAGGGAAACCUUUUAUUGUACAUGAAGAUUUGCUGUGACAUUUUGACUGUAUUUUGUGGGCUUCUGGAAACUAUGCUAUUUUCGUUUGUAAACUGCCCUCAUCCUUCUCAGUUGGAGAGUUGAGGUAUCUAACGCAGGGGAUGCAUUACUGGGGCUUUACCUAUAUCUGCCUUUCUUUGGCGAAGUAGGUGACUCCCAGCAUGUAUGUUGUAGAUGCAUGAGGUCAGGGAAGGAUACUUAGCAACCUCCGGAAGAGAUGGGCUUCUUGGUAAAUAUUUAUUGAAUUAUGAUAGAGGCAGACAUGGAAAACCAGCUCAGAGCUUGGCUUUUAUAUGCCUCUUCUCCUGGAAGUAAAAUUAUUCUCACUGUGAGAGAGAAGGCCUUGGACCAAAGCUUCCUGAGGACUUGAAUAUAUUUUACUCACUCUCUUUUAUUAAUUCCGUCACUAAUGUGGUAUCUGAAUACAGAUUAAAAGCUUUAGGAGGCCUCAGCUAUGGCAGGACUCAGAACCAUUCCCC